CGCGGGGACUGGCCUCCUCGACAGCUGGAGGCGGUCACUAGUGCUGGCCUGGGAGCUGAGGCGAUAGGGGCCAUGCGGACAGCGAGGGGGUCCAGUGCCCGCAGCCCUGCGCUCAUCUCUCGCGCGGCGGCGGCGCGGCUGCCGCCGGAGUAACCGCCGCCUUUGUUCAGGGCGCCUCAUCCCUCACGUCUCCUCAGACCCUCCCGCCGCCGCGCUCCGGCCGGCCCGCCCUCGGUCCCCGAACCCCACCGUGGCCCGUGCCGCGCGGAUGCGGCUGCCGGGCCUGGGUUUGGGCUUUGAGCGGGAGGAGGCAGAGCAGCAGCGCCUGGGCGGCAUGCGAUGGGGAACUGCUGCUGGACGCAGUGCUUCGGGCUGCUCCGCAAGGAAGCGGGGCGGCUGCAGCGUGUAGGCGGCGGCGGCGGAUCCAAGUAUUUUAGAACAUGCUCAAGAGGUGAGCACUUAACUAUAGAGUUUGAGAAUCUAGUAGAAAGUGAUGAAGGGGAGAGCCCAGGAAGCAGUCAUAGGCCUCUUACUGAGGAAGAAAUUAUUGACCUAAGAGAGAGGCAUUAUGAUUCUAUUGCUGAAAAACAGAAAGAUCUUGAUAAGAAAAUUCAAAAUGAGUUAGCCUUACAAGAAGAGAAGUUAAGACUAGAAGAAGAAGCUUUAUACGCUGCACAGCGUGAAGCAGCCAGGGCAGCAAAGCAGCGAAAGCUCUUGGAGCAAGAAAGGCAGAGAAUUGUGCAUCGAUAUCAUCCUUCCAACAAUGGAGAACAUCAAAGUUCAGGACCAGAAGAUGACUUUGAAUCUUGUUUGAGAAAUGUAAAGUCACAGUAUGAAGUCUUUCGAAGUAGUAGACUGUCCUCAGAUGCCACAGUUUUGACACCAAAUACAGAAAGCAGCUGUGAUUUAAUGACCAAAACUAAAUCAACUAGUGGAAAUGACGACAGCACAUCCUUAGAUCUCGAGUGGGAGGAUGAAGAAGGAAUGAAUAGAAUGCUUCCAAUGAGAGAACGUUCCAAAACAGAGGAAGACAUUCUCCGGGCAGCACUUAAGUACAGCAGCAAGAAGACUGGAAGUAAUCCUACAUCAGCCUCUGAUGAUUCCAAUGGGCUGGAGUGGGAGAAUGAUUUUGUUAGUGCCGAAAUGGAUGAUAAUGGCAAUUCCGAGUAUUCUGGAUUUGUAAAUCCUGUAUUAGAACUGUCUGAUUCUGGCAUAAGGCAAUUUGAUGCAGAUCAACAGACUCGAUAGGAUAAAAUAGUGUGACCCUGUUUAUCAGUUAUGACCAAAUGUUAAAGACCAACUAGAAUGUAUAAAUGGUUAUGCUGAGCCUUUUUGUAAGGGGAAGGUAAGAGACCAUGUUGUAAAUGCUUAUUUUAUUAGAAAGGAGUAGGGAUGAUACGAUAGAUCUGAAUUGCUUCAGAAUUAAGUGCAAUUUCAUCAUCUGCCUUCUGCUUUUCAACACCAAUUUAAUGAUCCUGUCAUGUUACCAGUUAAAUUUAAGUCUUUUCUUUAUAGCAUUCCUGUUUACUAUUACAGAUUUUCACUUUAAAAAAAUUUUAGUACUUUGAAUGCUUUAUUAAGCCUAUUUCGUUAUCUAUGAAAAAUAUUAAGAGUCUUUUUUGUUAAUUCUCAGCAGAUGUGAAGGGAGCAUGAGGAAGGAUUUUCAGUCAGAUUUAGAAUAGUGUUCCCUUUUUCCAGCAUUAUUUAUUUCUAUGGCUUCUUUGAAUUUUGUUAUCUAACAGUAAGCACAAUUAAUUUGAGUAGAUGACUCUAAGAAAUGCUAAGUGUUGGCCUCUUUUUACACUUAUUACACAUCCUAAUAUGAUAAUGUUGAUUCAGUCUGAAGAAAGGAUAAUAUAAAAAUGAAGUUUCAGAAUUUGGACAUUUCAAGUUGAUAAUAAUCAUAAAUAAUAUUUAAGAAAAUAUAUAUAUUUAGGUUUUUCAGUUCAUCUUACAUGCCACUAUAUUGACUAAGUUAAUUGAUAUAUAGUAUUAAGUUUCUAGGUACUAUUAUUUUUUUAAAAUUCUAUAUUUCCAAUGAAUGAUCUUAGAAAGAUUUUACACAGAACAUAUUCUCUGCAUGAUUUAAGAAAGGAGAAUACGGGUAUUUCAAAGUAAAUAAAAUCCUUUCUGGUAUGAAAGGCUCCAUUGACUUUAUUAAGCUUUUCUUUGCCUUGUAGUACAAGGUACUUUAAUGGGAUGAAACUAAGUAUAUCAAUGUAUAUAACUGCAUUUUGUGAUAGGCAAUUAACUCUUUUCUCUAAAGCUUAUGUAUCAGUAUAAAAGGCCAGAGAUAUAAAACACUCCCUAAUUGCUUUCCUUGAUUUUGCUGAGGACUGAGUAUGAUUUUAGUAAGCAAACUGUUUUUCAGUUUUUCCUUAGUGUUUUUUUCUUUUCUUUUUCUUUCAACAAUGACAGUGCAUGUUUUCCAAAAUAUAGGAAGGUCCAGAUAUAAAUAGUAACUAAGAGUUCUUGCUGUACUUAAAAAAAUCAUGUGGCCCUUUCAAUAUUUGAACUGCUAAGCAAUGACAUCUGUAGUUUUAUCUCCUUUUUUAUCUUGUAUAAAUAAAUAUGACUUUAAAUAUGUAAAUAUAACACAUUAGGUAAUGCUAUUAUUUAUGUGUCUUAAAAUAAUUUAAGUCGUAGCUAUGUCAGUGGAAAUAUUUUAAAGGUAUUCUAUAUUCACAUUGCCUGUGUUAAUGCUUUUUAAAGUUUGUAUACAUCAGAUGUAUAUUUUUGGUUUGGCAUAAGCUACUACUGUAAUUUUUCUUGGCUUUUUGUUCCUAAAGAAUUUUUUGAAGGAAUGGUAAUUUCUCAAGGAUUGUGAAUAAACACAUUUUUACAUUUAAAGGUAAUAAA